AUGGAGGCUGGUGGGCUGCCAGCGGAGCUAUGGCAGCUCAUCUUGUGCUACUUGCGCCUCCCUGACCUGGGCCGCUGCAGCUUGGUCUGCAGAGCCUGGCAGGAGCUGGUUGUCAGCCUGGACAAAACACGCUGGCGGCAGCUCUGCCUGGGCUGCCUCGAGCACAGACCCCCCAACUGGCCCAACCGCCCCAGCGUGGAGACGCCGUCCUGGAGAGAGGCCUUCAGGCAGCACCACCUGGCAUCCCGGACCCACUGCCCCACCACCCGCCUCUGCAACGUGGUCUUCAUGCCGGCCCGCUUCACCCCGGUGCUCUACAAGACAACCUCAGGCUAUGUCCAGUUUGACAAUUGCAACUUCAAAGGUGGGCAGCUGCAGAUCCAUGCGCCAGGGACGUGCCAGGUGAGGUUCUGCACCUUCAGCCAGUCCAGCAUCCACCUCCGCAGCGUGGCCCUCUGCAUCCUGGAGAACUGUGAGUUCACCGGCAGUGAGAGUGCCUCUGUAACAGUGGAGGGCUGCCCAAGCUCUGAUCGUAACUGGGCCUGCAAGCACCUGGCCGUGCUGGCCAAGUCCUGUACAGCUUCUGUGUGGGAGCCCAGCCCAGCCGGCUGCCCUGUGGCCAAGUGGGAUGGCUGGGGGGAGUCACUGCUGGGGCCAGUGAGAACGUGCGAGAUUGUCGUAGGGGAAGAACGAAGCAGCUUUCUCUCUGCUGCGGGUGCUCAAGCCCUGCUUGACUCAACCGAGGAGGACACUGAAUCUGGAGAGAACCUGCGGGCAGCAAGGGAGGAGGAGUGCCCAGCCCACAACUCAAACUCCAGUGACACUGACUUAUGCAGUGAUGACGAAGAGGAUGCUCAGGCUGCGCACGAACUGCCCUGCCAAGCCCACAGCCUGAGUCACGCACUUGCUGACGUCACGCACAGCAGGCUUCAGAGCAGCCGGCUGCACGCCCUUCAGAGGGACCUUAAGCUCAAGUCUCUGCAGCAGGAGCUGCAGCAGGACAAGGAGGCCCGGUCUUUGGCCAGCUCUCUGCAAGGCUGCAUCAUCCGACAGUGCCUUUUCAGGGAUGGGAAGGGAGGAAUAUUCAUUUCUUCGCAAGGGCAAGCAAAACUGGAAGGAAACAUCUUCAGGGAUCUGACCUACGCAGUGCGCUGCAUACAGAACAGUAAGGUUAUCAUGCUGAGGAAUGACAUCCACCAUUGCAAAGCGUCCGGGAUAUUCCUGCGCCUGUCGUCAGGAGGCCUGAUUGCAGACAACAGCAUCCAUUCAAACUGUGAGGCGGGAGUGGACAUUCGUAAGGGAGCCAACCCCCUAGUUCUGUGCAAUAAAAUACACAGUGGCCUUCGCUCAGGCAUUGUCGUCGUUGGCAAUGGAAAAGGCAUCAUCCGUAGCAAUCAGAUCUAUGGGAAUAAAGAAGCUGGCAUUUAUAUUCUGUAUAAUGGAAACCCUGCUGUGAGUGGGAACCAUAUUUUCCAGGGACUGGCUGCUGGAAUAGCAGUGAAUGAGAACGGCAGAGGCCAAAUCACAGGGAAUGUCAUCUGCGAGAACCAGUGGGGUGGGGCAGACAUCCGCCAUGGAGGCAACCCCGUUCUCAGGAACAACCUCAUCUGCUGCGGCUACUCGGACGGUGUGGUGGUGGGUGAGCGUGGGAAGGGCCUCAUCGAAGGAAACGUCAUCCAUGGCAACAAGGGCUGCGGCGUGUGGAUGAUGUCCUCCAGCCUCCCGCACCUUGUCAACAAUCAGAUCAGCCACAACAGCAUCUACGGGGUGGCAGUGCUCUGCGGCAAGGACGACACUGAUGCGUACCCCCCUGGGCAGGGGGCCAGCGAGAGCUUCCAGGAGGAGAGAGAGGGUGCCGGCGCGGAGAAUGACUCUGACAGUGAGGAGGAGCACCCAGCUGCCCGGCAUCCUGUCAGCGUGGCUCUGGUGGAGUUGAACAGCAUCAACCACAACGGAGCUGCUGGGUUGCACGUCAGAAGCAGUGAAGCGCUCAGCUUCGUCGCCAAUGCCGUUCACGCCAACCACGAUGGCGGGGUGGCCGUGCUGCAGAGCAGCCAGCUCACAUGCGUUGCCAACAACAGCAUCUCCUGCAACAGCCGGGCCGGUGUGCGCGUCGAGGCCGAGUGCCAGGUGGAGCUGCGCGGCAACGGCAUCUACGAGAACAGUGGCCAUGGCAUCGUCUGCAAGGGACAGGGUGUCAUUGCAGAGAAUGACAUCAUCGGCAACCGCAGAUGUGGCCUUCAGCUAUGCCAGGCAGCAGACAUGAAGGUGACCAAGAACAGGAUCCAGUCCUUUCGGGACUACAGGAUUGCUCUCUUUGAUGAAGCCAAAGGCCUGGUGCAGGAAAACCUCAUUUUCCUAGGGAGAUCCAAGAAAUCCAUUUUGCGACCGGUGUCAAAUGCAGAGGAUUGCAUCAUCCAAAACAAUGUGCUUCUCACCUUCAAGAAAAGGUUUGACACGGAGUGCAUGCUGAUCGACCCCCCGGCACGGCCUCACAUCGAAGGAGGUGCCCCAGGGUCCUGCACGGCGGUUGGUGGUCAGAGGGUUUCCAGCAUAACCACCAGGGCGGACAGGGGCUGCCGUAACCACGGGAGCAUCUUCUGCGCCAUUCUCUGA